UCGUACGGUGUCGUUAUCAGUCGAGGAAACAUAAAAAUCAUAAUGACGUCGCUGGCGGUAAUGGAGCUCAAUAACAACAACAACGCCAACUGUGGCGAUGAGAGGGCCGAGGAAUGCGAAAAGUAUCUACGCGGGCUGACGAAAACCUUCACCGGCAUCGACAAACCGCUGAAGAACGCGAGGAAGUGUGAAACGUUGACCGAUCUGAUCGGGGAAUUGCGCCGAACGUUCGACUCGGACCACGUCAACAUCGAGUACGUGAACCAUCUGAUGCUGAGCUACCAGUCGAACCCGGCCGAAUGGCGAAAGUUUGCCAAAUUUGACCGAUACCGCUACACGAGAAAUCUGGUAGACGCUGGAAAUGGCAAGUACAACCUGAUGAUUCUCUGCUGGAACGAAGGGCACGCUUCGGCCAUUCACGAUCAUGCCGAUUCGCACUGCUUCAUGAAGAUGCUCAAGGGACAGCUGAUGGAAACACGGUACGCCUGGCCAAAGGAAGCGUCGGUAACGGAAGACAGUAAGGCGGACAUUGGCAAUGGGCAAACAGGCAAUGAGCAGGAAGAGAUCGAGUACAAUGGUGACGAGCUGGAAGAACUUUCUCGCAGCACGCUAGAAACGAAUGGUGUGUGCUACAUUAACGAUACGCUCGGUCUUCACCGCGUGGAGAACCCUAGCCAUACCGAUGUGGCCGUCUCGCUACAUCUGUACUGUCCACCGUUCGAUGUGUGUUCGAUCUUUAACAAACAGAACGGCAAGCGUACCAAGUGCAAAGUUACUUUCUGGAGCAAGUUUGGCAAACGAGAAUCAGCUGUGAACUAG